AUGUCUAUUAGCAAACCACAACCACAUGACAUAUUCCUCAUCAAUGAGCUCCUCGAGAACAUCCUUCUACAUACAGAGAUGAGGACUCUAUUAACAUCUGCUCAACGCGUAUCUCGCGUUUGGAACACCAUGAUCAGAACAUCAGUCAGACUCCAGGAGUGCCUCUUCUUCAAACCCUCCAAAUUCGAGAUCUCGGAUCCCUCACAGCGCCUUCGCAAUCCGCUCCUAGAAGAUAUCCUCUGGGCUCAAUUUUUCCUCAAACAACAACAAACCUCAGAGUCGAAAAUUACCGAUGUAAGCAGAUUUCCGCUGCGGGAACCUGAGCGUCGCAAGCUCAAGUUCUACCUACGAAAAGACGCCAGUUGGAAACGAAUGCUACUUCAACAACCACCGACAUCAUCAAUCGGAGUCCUUGAAAUCAUCAAAAGAUCAGACUCAGAAUUCACCAAAUUAUCUAUCAGCCCAAACAAAUUCCUGCGGAUGGGCGACAUCUUGGCCCUCCUUCAAGGAGGCAGCACAAUAAUUCCAACCCGCAACAAAUGGAUACUGUGGAGUGGGCGAUCCCGUAUCAGAAUGCCCUUGAACUUCGAAUGCUGGACACCUAAAUGGGUCUAUGAACCAAGUACCCUACGGCCAGUCCAGGAAUGGAUCCCGGAGAAUAUAGACUGGGAUAGUCUCCGGCUGGAGGUGGCAUCGAUGUAUUUGAAUGAUUUCGAUUGUGGUGUGGUGAUUGUGUCUGAACGGAGACAGUUGCUUUUCCAAGGCCAGGACCGAGUUCACAAGGAGAGCAAACUUGAUCGUCGACUGGAGAAAGCAUUUGGGGAAUGUCAGGUGGAGGUUAGAAGGAAGCAUAUAAAUCACUCUUGGAUUCCUAUCAAAGGUGUUGGUGCUGAUCGGAGAUGGAUCCUUAGGCCCUGUUCUGCUACUCCUCUUGUUCCAACGCUGAGUGACUCAUCUGAGGCAUCAGAUUCGUCUUCUAUGUCUUCGUUUUCUUUGUCUCUCUAG